AAAUGCAAGUAGUUAUUAUUUUAUUGAUUAAAAUUUUAGAGCAUAUAGGACAUUGGCAGUCACAAGUAAAGGGAGAAAAUUAGAAAAUACUAAAGAAAUAAAAAUUAAUUUGCAGCUUUCUUUGGAACGUGGUAUGCCUUGGAUGGAAAGCCAAGAAUUUUCAUCUUAAAUUCUUCUUCUUAUGGUCCAUUCUGUUUUCUGUGUACGCACCGUCACCCUAUCAAAUCCCCCCAUAGCCCUUUUGCCUACCGGCUAACAGUCCAUAAAUCCUUCCAUCCACGCGCGACUUCACUCGUGCUGGGUACGCGUGACCCGGCAGCCGCUAGGGAGAAGGAGCGCGUGCAUUGCGCCGCUUGCCCGAACGCAGCAAAAUGGGUGACGCACUUCAAUGUCCUCAUUCGCUUUUAGUUACUGAGGAGGGACCCACCGAACCCGGCCACUCCGUCGUUAAGUACUCGACUCGACUCUCUGUGAUGCAUGUGAGUGUCGGCAUUUUCAUUUUCACAACUCUUCUCCCUCUCUUCAUCAAUGGGGUUCUUUUCUCUUGGUCUUCUUGUAGUUCUUGCUAUUAUUUCUGUUCUCAAAUUGCCGGUAACGGAAUCGGGAAACCACGACUACGGAGACGCAUUGUCGAAAUCGAUAAUGUUCUUCGAGGGGCAGAGGUCGGGGUAUCUGCCGGCGGACCAGCGGCAACAGUGGCGGGGCAAUUCGGGGCUCUCCGACGGCUCGCAAUGGGGUGUUGACCUCACCGGCGGCUACUACGACGCCGGAGACAACGUCAAGUUCGGAUUCCCGAUGGCGUUCACGACGACAAUGCUGGCGUGGAGCGUGAUCGAGUUUGGCGACUCGAUGCCGCCGGCGGAGCUCCGGAACGCGCUGGUGGCGAUUCGAUGGGCCACGGAUUACUUUCUCAAGGCGGUUUCUCAGCCAAAUACGAUAUUCGUGCAGGUUGGCGAUCCAGUUGCAGACCAUAGUUGCUGGGAGAGAUCGGAGGACAUGGACACCCCGCGGACCGUCUACGCGGUGGAAGCGCCGAACCCGGCGUCGGACGUCGCCGGGGAGACCUCGGCGGCCCUCGCGGCCGCCUCGAUGGCGUUCCGGUCGUCGGACCCGGGGUACUCGGAGACGCUGCUGCGGUACGCCGUUAAAGUGUUCGAUUAUGCAGACACUUACAGAGGAUCUUACAGCCAGAACCCCGCCGUUAACGACGGCGCGUGCCCCUUUUACUGCGACGGCGGUGAUUAUAAGGAUGAGUUGCUGUGGGGGGCGGCAUGGCUGAGGAGGGCGACUCAGGAUGAGACGUAUCUAAACUAUGUGGAGACCAACGCGAAGAUGUUUGGUGCGGAUGAGAACAUAUACGAAUUUGGGUGGGCCAACAAGCAUGCUGGUCUCAAUGUCCUCGUCUCCAAGGAAUUUUUGGACGGAAAGGUAGACACACUGCAAUCCUACAAAGAAUCAGCCGAUAGCUUCAUAUGCGCGCUGGUGCCGGACUCCCCAACAGCCCACAUACAAUACACCCCGGGGGGGCUCAUAUACAAGCCCAACGGCAGCAACAUGCAGCACGUCACCUCCAUCUCCUUCCUCCUCCUCGUCUACGCCUCCUACCUCUCACGCGCCGCCCAGCCCCUCGCCUGCUCCUCCGUCCCCGUCCAACCCGCCGAUCUCCGCCGGCAAGCCCGGAGGCAGAUCGACUACAUUCUAGGGGACAACCCCAAGGGCAUGUCCUACAUGGUAGGGUACAGCGACUAUUACCCGCAACACAUCCACCACAGGGGCUCAUCCCUGCCGUCCAUCUCUGAUCACCGCGAGUUCAUCGCCUGCAAAGAGGGGACCGUCUACUUCAACUCCACCAAUCCCAACCCGAACUCGCUGGUGGGGGCCGUCACCGGUGGGCCCGGCGAGGACGACGUCUACGAGGACGACCGGGCGGACGCUCCAAAGUCCGAGCCCACCACGUACAUCAACGCGCCGUUGGUGGGCGCUCUGGCGUAUUUUAGUGCCAACCCCAGUGCGUAGGUUAGUCCGCAGCCGUUCGAGUCAGAAACAAGUUGUGGUAAUGAAAGCGUGUGCGUGCGUGUGUGGCUCAGUGGCUCUCGUCUUGCUUUACUCGAGCAAAGAGGGAAGAGGCUAGCUAGGGUGUUUGAAGUUGAGACCCCUAGGUCAGAAAAAUGAGUCCAAGUGUUUGUGGUGAUUACUUCUUUUGUUUUUGUUUUUGUUUUUGUUUUUUUUUUUAAAGGAGCUUUGUUUUGAAAAGAUGAAGCAUAUAAUUGCUUUCAAAUCAUAGAAAUGUAAAAUUUUGUUGCAGCAAAUCGUUGCGACAAUUUGGUUAAUGUUUGGAAAGUUGAUUUUGGAGGAA